CUCAUUAGUAUGCGGACAAAGGCGGCGGGCUGCGCGGAGCGGCGUCCCCUGCAGCCGCGGACCGAGGCAGCGGCGGCACCUGCCGGCCGAGGCACUGUGAAGACAGUGGUGUGCAAAGCAGAGACCCCUGCUUGCAUGGAAUCUGCAUUCUAGUGGGGGAGACAAGGCAAACGUGUAAUUCAAAAGUAAAAAACUUAUGAAGAAUCACAUGUCUCAUGAUUAGUGUUAUAAAGAAAAAAGAAAGCAUGCAUUCAGGAAUAUCCACAUAAGCAAUUUUGCAAUGCCAAGUGAGUACACCUAUGUGAAACUGAGAAGUGAUAGCUCGAGGCCUUCCCUGCAAUGGUACACCCGAGCUCAAAGCAAGAUGAGAAGGCCCAGCUUGUUAUUAAAAGACAUCCUCAAAUGUACAUUGCUUGUGUUUGGAGUGUGGAUCCUUUAUAUCCUCAAGUUAAAUUAUACUACUGAAGAAUGUGACAUGAAAAAAAUGCAUUAUGUGGACCCUGACCGUGUAAAGAGAGCUCAGAAAUAUGCUCAGCAAGUCUUGCAGAAGGAAUGUCGUCCCAAGUUUGCCAAGACAUCAAUGGCGCUGUUAUUUGAGCACAGGUAUAGCGUGGACUUACUCCCUUUUGUGCAGAAGGCCCCCAAAGACAGUGAAGCUGAGUCCAAGUACGAUCCUCCUUUUGGGUUCCGGAAGUUCUCCAGUAAAGUCCAGACCCUCCUGGAACUCUUGCCAGAGCACGACCUCCCUGAACACUUGAAAGCCAAGACCUGUCGGCGCUGUGUGGUUAUUGGAAGCGGAGGAAUAGUGCACGGAUUAGAACUGGGCCACACCCUGAACCAGUUCGAUGUUGUGAUAAGGUUAAACAGUGCACCAGUUGAGGGAUAUUCAGAACAUGUUGGAAAUAAAACUACUAUAAGGAUGACUUAUCCAGAGGGCGCACCACUGUCUGACCUUGAAUAUUAUUCCAAUGACUUGUUUGUUGCUGUUUUAUUUAAGAGUGUUGAUUUCAACUGGCUUCAAGCAAUGGUAAAAAAUGAAACCCUGCCAUUCUGGGUUCGACUCUUCUUUUGGAAGCAGGUGGCAGAAAAAAUCCCACUGCAGCCAAAACAUUUCAGGAUUUUGAAUCCAGUUAUCAUCAAAGAGACUGCCUUUGACAUCCUUCAGUACUCAGAGCCUCAGUCAAGGUUCUGGGGCCGAGAUAAGAACGUCCCCACAAUCGGUGUCAUUGCCGUUGUCUUAGCCACACAUCUGUGCGAUGAAGUCAGUUUGGCGGGUUUUGGAUAUGACCUCAAUCAACCCAGAACACCUUUGCACUACUUCGACAAUCAGUGCAUGGCUGCUAUGAACUUUCAGACCAUGCAUAAUGUGACAACGGAAACCAAGUUCCUCUUAAAGCUGGUCAAAGAGGGAGUGGUGAAAGAUCUCAGCGGAGGCAUUCAUUGUGAAUUUUGAACACAGAAAACCUCAGUUGAAAAUGCAACUCUAACUCUGAGAGCUGUUUUUGACAGCCUUCUUGAUGUAUUUCUCCAUCCUGCAGAUACUUUGAAGUGCAGCUGAUGUUUUUUAACUUUUAAUUUAAAAACACAAAAAAAAUUUUAGCUCUUCCCACUUUUUUUUUCCUAUUUAUUUGAGGUCAGUGUUUGUUUUUGCACACGAUUUUGUAAAUGAAACUUAAGAAUUGAAUUGGAAAGACUUCUCAAAGAGAAUUGUACGUAACGAUGUUGUGUUGAUUUUUAAGAAAGUAAUUUAAUUUGUAAAACUUCUGUUCGUUUACACUGCACAUUGAAUACAGGUAACUAAUUGGAAGGAGAGGGGAGGUCACUCUUUUGAUGGUGGCCCUGAACCUCAUUCUGGUUCCCUGCUGCGCUGCUUGGUGUGACCCACGGAGGAUCCACUCCCAGGAUGACGUGCUCCGUAGCUAUGCUGCUGAUACAGGGUCUGCGAUGCAGUGGUGUGAGGCCUGGGCUGGUCGGAGAAGGUCACAACCCUUCUCUGUUGGUCUGCCUUCUGCUGAAAGACUUGAGAACCAACCAGGGAAGCUGUCCUGGAGGUCCCUGGUCGGGGAGGGACAUAGAAUCUGUGACCUCUGACAACUGUGAAGCCACCCUGGGCUGCAGAAACCACAGUCUUCCCAGCAAUUAUUACAAUUCUUGAAUUCCUUGGGGAUUUUUUACUGCCCUUUCAAAGCACUUAAGUGUUAGAUCUAACGUGUUCCAGUGUCUGUCUGAGGUGACUUAAAAAAUCAGAACAAAACUUCUAUUAUCCAGAGUCAUGGGAGUGUACACCCUUUCCAGGAAUAAUGUUUUGGGAAACACUGAAAUGAAAUCUUCCCAGUAUUAUAAAUUGUGUAUUUAAAAAAAAAGAAACUUUUCUGAAUGCCUACCUGGCAGUGUAUACCAGGCAGUGUGCCAGUUUAAAAAGAUGAAAAAGAAUAAAAACUUUUGAGGAA